AUGAAAGGAGCAAAUUAUGGUAAGAGGAAAUCUCUUUACAGUGAGCCAAAGAUCUCCAGAAAUGAUCUUAUGACUGAGGGAUCUUAUAAGGAACAAAAAGAAAAAAACGAUUCUUCAUUAAGAAAGCGCGCUAAAACACAGCAACAACUCGUCGAAGAAUAUAUCAGACUUAGCAAAAAGUACAAGCAACUUUCAAACAACCUUUCUUCAAUGGAAAAAUCUAUUCAACAAUUAGAAGAAGAAAUUCGUGAGAAAGAAAUGCAAUAUGAUUGUGACGUAAAUUCAUAUUCUUCCCCAUCGAAAGAUGGAAGACGUAAAUCAAGUGCUUCAGAAAGUAGUGCAACAAGUACUUCUAAAAAAUCAUCAAAAAGACAAGCUAAGCCACCGUCAGACGAUUCUGAUGAAGAUAUUGAAGAACCAGUACCUUCACCACCAAAGAAAUCAGGAAAUAAGAAAUACUUCAGUUCAUCAGACGAUGAAGAAGUUCCACCACCAAAGGCAAUUAAACCAACAAAGAAUACGGCAUCACCUGCUAAGAAAUCGUCAUCAAGCAAGAAGCAAUUAGACUCAAGCGAAGAUGAUGAGCCUCCAGCUAAACCAAAGCGCGAUUCUAAAGCUGCUGCAAGCUUAUUAGACUCAGAUUACGAUGACAGUUCAUCACCAGCUGCCAAAUCAUCUUCUUCUUCAAAGCAAAAGAAUCCGAUUUACACAGACUCAGCUUUACUCUCUCCUGAGCCUCCUACUGCCUUCCACAAGGAAGAUUCUGAUGAAAGUUCGGACGAAGAGCCACAACAGAAGCCAAAGAACUUGAAAUCUCAUCCUGCAUUUUCAUCUGAUUCAGAUGAAGAACCAGCAAAGCCACAAAAGAAGGCAAAGAACUCUAAGGAAUCGAAGAAGUUGUUCAGCGAUGACUCAGAUGAAGACGAAGCCCCAGCUCCAAAGAAAUCUAACUCAUCUAAAGCAGAAAAACCAAAUCCAAAGCAACAAAAGAAGCCGGCUUUCAGUGAUUCCGAUGAAGAUGAAGAAGAGCAAAAACCAAAGAAACAACAAAAGAAACCAAUGUUUAGUGAUUCAGAUGAAGAUGAUGAACCUCCAAAACCACAACCAAAGAAACAAACUAAACCAGCUUUCAGUGAUUCCGAAGAAGAAGAACAGCCGAAGAAACAGAAGACAGUUCAAAAGAAACUAAUGUUUAGUGAUUCUGAUGAAGAAGAAAAGCCAAAGAAACAACAGAAGAAGCCAAUGUUUAGUGAUUCUGAUGAAGAAGAAAUCAAGCCAAAGAAGCAAACUAAGCCAGCUUUCAGUGAUUCUGAUGAUGAUGAAGAGCCAAAGCCGAAGAAGCAGCAAAAGAAGCCAAUGUUUAGUGAUGAUGACGAAGAAGAAGAAAUCAAACCAAAACAACAAAAGAAAUCAAAAGUAAGUGAUGAAGAAAAACCAAAGAAACAACAGAAGAAGCCAAUGUUUAGUGAUUCUGAUGAUGAUGAACCAGCACCUCCUCCUCCUAAGAAGCAACAGAAGAAGCCAAUGUUUAGCGAUGAUGAUGAAGAUGAAGAGGAAAUAAAGCCAAAGAAACAACAAAAGAAGUCAAAAGUAAGUGAAGAAAACGAUGAAGAAGAAAAACCAAAGAAACAACAAAAGAAACCAUUAUUUAGCGAUUCUGAUGACGAUGAUGAGCCAGCACCUCCUCCAAAGAAGUAA